AUGCGUUCAAGUGUUCUUUCGGCCCUCAUUGUUGCAUCCACAGUCUCCACUGCUUUAGCUGCUCCUGCAGCAUCCUCCUCCUUUGUAGCUAUUGAGCCAUCGGCAUCAUCUUUCGCCGCCGCCGUCGCCUCGGUUUCAGUAGACCCAAGAAUUGAAAAAUGGGCGCAUAUGAAAGUGGCUCUUCCUGAUGGUUUGUUUCCAGAGGAUAAAGCUGUGCUAGAACAGCAAUUGCAGGUUGUACCUAUGAUUGUCGUGGAUGAAUCCAGUUUGCCUCAACCUGCUGCUGCUGCUGCUGCUGAUGCUACUGCUGCUGUAGCAAACAAUCGACUUGACAAGCAUCAGCGCAUCGAUAUGCAACCUGCUUACAAGCAUAUGGGCAUCAUGGACAACGCUGACGAACAAGACUUUAAUAAUAUUGUAGAAAUUGCUCCCCUAUCACCUGAAUUGCAGCAGGAUUUGAACCAAGAGCAUGAAGCUGCUGUUAGUAAUGUAGAGCAAAGUGAUUCCAGUGCUGCUACUGCUAGUAGACGACACAGAAAAUACCUGGGCGUCAGUGAUAACAGUGAUACUCAAAUCAUGGAUCUGCCUGUGCCAGCCAACGCUGAGGAUAUUGAUACUACCAUUAGCGAUCAAGAGCAAGUGGAGAGUAGCUCAUUGCAAGCGAAAAAGGUAGUUGGGCUUGAUAAUCACGGCAGAAUGAGAUUUGUCGAUGUUCCUCUCUACAGCAGAGGGUCCCACUGA